AUGCCUGACACCGUUGUGACAAUGGGAGAUGCCGUGGAUGUCGGGACCGUUCAGGAAUUCAUCGGGACGAUGCGCGCAACCUACCGGACGUUAGAUGCAACGUUCAGCACAUUGCACGAUCAGUCCGCAAGAAUAUCCGAGCUUGGACCGACGACUGAAGCAGUUGAUGCGGAGGUCGUCCUUCUGAGGGAUCAGUUGUCCGCCCACCAACGCGCGCAGACCGAGCGUGUCGAUGCUAUAAAGUACAUUCUCAAAAACGACGUCAAACGCCAAGCGGCGGAGACGCUCAAAUCCCAGAUUCACGAGUCGAUCAGACUUGAAAUCGAGAGAGAAGUGAAGCGGCAGGUUGACGACCAGAUCGGCGAACACAUCCCAGUUCCUCUACCGCAGCAGCGGGAGGACUUUCAGAUGGAGAUUGCCGAUGUACGGCGCGCACUCGAUAACGCAGAGGCGAGACGGCACAAUGCCACUAUCAGACCGAGCCCGGAUAGCUUGAAAGACGACCUAGCCGUCGUCUUCAAACCCGAUGGUAGCCGAAGCAAGCUAUACCCUGCUAAUUUGAAUUCCCUGUUUGCAUACAGCGCCUUACAAGCACGACAGCUGCUUCGGGAUUUCGAGCUGCACGAUGAUGGCAUGCUGGAAAGGAACCUUAACCGGUUCAUGUCACAUAUCGGGAUUCGCUUCGAGCUCGUCCCGGUACCUCCGACGCCUGGCGGCUCCGCAUCUGCCGGGAACAUCACCCUCGUUGAUGUGGUACCUUCGCUUCUGCUCUCCCCUUCGAAUAUCUGGACUCUGAUUUGGUAG